CUUCUUCGACCAGCAAGCAUCACAACAUCUCAAAGCCUCGCUCGAAUCAUUAGCCAGCAGCCUCGAAUCAUCAUCAUGGCUUCAACCGGCCGUCGUCCCAGGGUGCUCUUGCAGAUCGCUCUCUUCGUCGUCGUCGCGGCGGUCAUCAUCAACAGCUCGGUCUGCCUUGGAGCCGUCGCAGGCUCUGGUGCUCUCGACACUAACCGCCCUGAUUUCCCGCCGCCGGGUGGUGUUCCAUACCCCGGCCGGAAGUGCAGCACACUUUACAAAUGUCGUGGUGGUGGACCACCCGCAGGUAGAAAGGCGGGCUACAACAAGGUGGGAUUGAUUCUAAGGAUCAAGGGAAAAAAGAAGAGGAGAGAAAAAAAAAGGGAACAUCAUCCCAGAAAAUAACCACAUAACUUCUCCCGUUGAUUCCCCGAAUGGGUGCUCGAGGCAGGCUGCUCCUGCCUGCCUCCAGAACUCUAUGGUUGCUUGGACCGAGUUGUUUAUGUUGCUGACGGCCGCUGUCAUUUCUCUGAAAGUCCAAUCGUUUCGCUCCUUUCAAAUCUCCAUCACGUCGGAGAUUUGGAAGGAGCGAAACGAAUUACUAUCAUAGUCCUAAUGCCUUUUCUGUGUUCUGGCUUGUCCUUGCUAAUCAUCUGCACUAUGAUGUCUUCUCACUUGGUCCUUUCAUUCCAUGCCGAUGGGUGGAGCGAAGCACAGCCCUUUCGUGCCGACGAAUGUGUCCAUACUGCCAAUGCCCUCGUACAUUGCGAGAACAAAUGUACUGUCGAUUCCAGAUUUCGGAGGCAAAGUUGGCAGAAGCAUCCGUUUGGCCAUCCUCUCCUUUGCAGGCGAUCAUUGCACCAAAGCCUGUUUCUCAUGAGUAGCCAGGUGAAAAAAAUUAAUCUAGCUGGCGCCCAAGUAGCCCAAAUAAGCUUCCUAAAUGAUGAUUUUGUAAAGCCCCGGAACUGGGCCUUAUAUAUGCUGAACUGGCGGAGUAUACUGCUGACGCCUCGUGUAUCCAAGUGAUGGUGUCCCUUGUGUUCUCCUGGAGGUGUAACUUCCUGGUCUGCAACCAUCUGUGUAGUCUGAUUGCCUCGGCCCAUACAUGUGCAGUGUCUCCGUGGGCAAGGUCAGCUAUCCAAGUCUCGUUUUGGAGUGCC